AUGGGAAAGACGAAUGUUAUUACAAAAAUAUUUCUUGUUUUGGUAACUAUCGUUGGUAUUAUUGCAUUGAUUCUUUUGAUUAUCGGUGUUGCUACGAGAAAAUGGCUUAGUAUUUCGAGUAGUUUAUCUCCAUUAGAGACCCAAAUAAGUGGAGUUCUGAGUAAUACAACAUUUCUUACUUCACUUAUCAUUGCAACACGAGCGAGUCAAACUCAAGUUGUACAAAUAGUUUUAGCAACUGCACAGAAAGUUAAAGAUCAAUUAAAUGCCGCAACUGCUAAUCAUACAACUUAUCAUUUGUAUGGAAAAGAUCCAAAUAUACCUGAAACAUCAUUAAGCUUCAAAACAUCUCAAGGUUUUGUUUUUGCUGGAAUUGGAUCACUUUUCUUCGGUCUUUUAUUAGCGAUUAUCAUUACAUUAUUACCAUUACCACGUUUUAUUCGUCUUCUCCCACUGUUACUUCUAAUAAUUGGACCAAUUUUAAUUACAAUUGGAUUUGUUCUUUAUCCAAAAACAGUUAUCGAAGAUUUCGGUAAUUCUUUACAGGUUUCAAUUGAUAUUGGUUACAGUAUCAUCCUUGUGAUCAUUGCAUCAAUUAUUGGUUAUAUCACAGCUGCUCUCUUUGCUUUUAUCAUUCUUCAACCACGUCAAAAUUCACCACAAAAACCUCCUACUCGUACCUUUGCACCCCGUUCAAUAUUUCGACCUUCAUAUCCAAUCAGAAUGAAGAGGAAUUGGUGA